GCGAAUGAGCCCACGUCCCUCCGAGCCCUGUGCUAGCCGUUAGCUUAGCUUAGCCUCGCUCGGUCUGCGCUCGGAGCGGAGUGGGGAUCGACUGACGCACCACGGGAGGACGUGAGAGAAGGCUCUUUGUCUCCGCGCAUCGAUCAACCUCGAGUCGCUGUGGUUUUUCUGCCACUUAAGAUACCUACGAUGGCGGACAAGGAAGCUGGUGCAUAUGAUGAUGCAGUGGAGGAGAGGGUGAUCAACGAAGAGUACAAGAUCUGGAAGAAGAACACCCCCUUCCUCUAUGACCUGGUUAUGACCCACGCUUUGGAGUGGCCCAGCCUCACUGCUCAGUGGCUGCCUGAUGUCUCCAGGCCGGAGGGGAAGGAUUACAGUGUGCACCGACUGGUGCUGGGCACCCACACAUCCGAUGAGCAGAAUCACCUGGUCAUUGCCAGUGUCCAGCUGCCCAAUGAUGAUGCCCAGUUCGACGCCUCACAGUAUGAUAGUGAAAAAGGAGAGUUUGGAGGUUUCGGCUCAGUGAGUGGCAAGAUCGAGAUAGAAAUCAAGAUCAAUCACGAAGGAGAGGUGAAUCGUGCCCGUUAUAUGCCACAGAAUCCCUGCAUCAUCGCCACUAAGACCCCCACCUCAGAUGUGCUUGUGUUUGACUACACCAAGCAUCCCUCCAAGCCAGAUCCCUCUGGAGAGUGUCGCCCUGAUCUGCGUCUCAGAGGUCAUCAGAAAGAGGGCUAUGGUCUCUCCUGGAAUUCAAAUCUGUCUGGCUGUCUACUUAGUGCAUCAGAUGAUCAUACGAUCUGUAUGUGGGACAUCAGUGCUGUUCCAAAGGAGGGGAAGAUAGUCGAUGCGAAGACGAUAUUCACCGGUCACACAGCUGUGGUGGAAGAUGUCUCUUGGCACUUGCUUCAUGAGUCCCUCUUUGGAUCUGUAGCAGAUGACCAGAAGCUCAUGAUUUGGGACACACGUUCAAACAACACCUCCAAACCCAGCCAUGCUGUCGAUGCCCACAUCGCAGAGGUCAACUGUUUGUCAUUUAACCCUUACAGCGAGUUCAUCCUUGCCACUGGUUCUGCAGACAAGACUGUGGCUCUUUGGGACCUGAGAAACCUCAAAUUGAAGCUGCAUUCCUUUGAGUCACACAAGGAUGAGAUCUUCCAGGUUCAGUGGUCACCUCAUAAUGAGACCAUAUUGGCAUCCAGUGGAACAGACCGUCGACUCAAUGUCUGGGAUCUCAGUAAAAUCGGAGAGGAGCAGUCCCCAGAAGAUGCAGAAGAUGGCCCACCUGAGCUACUGUUCAUCCACGGAGGCCACACAGCCAAGAUUUCUGACUUCUCCUGGAACCCCAAUGAGCCCUGGGUCAUCUGCUCUGUGUCUGAAGACAACAUUAUGCAAGUUUGGCAAAUGGCUGAGAACAUCUACAACGAUGAAGAUCCUGAAGGGGCAACAGAACCUGAAGCCACAGCCUAACACUUCUGCUUUCAACUUCAUCCCAAACUGCCACUUCAGACGUUCCCUGCAGCUACUUCCUCCCUUCCUGCUCUACUUCUUACUGGUGUGACACACUAAAGUGUCCUACAUCACUGUAAAUAUGGGAACGAGAGGCAUCACGUACAGUCCUGGUCUUGUUUGGAUUAUUCAAAGUGAAGAACUCUUUUUACUCAGUAAUUUAUUACCUGAGGAAUCUCAGCCAUGUUUUUCACAUUGCAUAAACAAGGUAUAUUUUUGUAAUCAAAUUGGCUUUUCCUUGUAUGCUGAAAUGUUUUAGCCAAUACUUUUUCAAAAGUAAAUGUGCUUUUCUACAACACACUGACAACCUGCUGUUGCAAACAGCCCCAUCCACGCAUGUUGGACGUGUUGUAGAAAAUGUCAUUUUAUGGAAAAUGCAGUCCACCUUUGUGACAUAAUGUUUCAGUUCAGUCGCCACCAAAUUGUAAUUUCAAAUUUUGAAGUGAACCUGUCUUUGAAUUGUCUACUUGUUUUCCCCACAUCCCCUCAUCGUAACCAUAGAAUAAAUACAUUUUCAUUUUUGUCAUUGUGAAAUAAAUUUUUGUUUUGUAUGUAAAAGAUUUUGCAGUUGUACAAUUAAAUUGUUAGUGCAUCCUCUAAUAAACUGUCUUUCACCAGUA